AUGUUCAAGAAUGAGAGUCGCGUCGUGGCAAAGAAGGCGGAGCAGCGUUACGAAGAGCUUGCCAAAUCAAAAGAACCAAGAACACCUUUAGGACGUAGAGAACCCAACAGGAUCAGAAGCAUACAGCGGAUCUAUCCGGUGCAGAGUCCACCCAAGGCUGAGAUCAUGGCCUUGCAACCCACGCCGAAUAUCGACGCUCAAGCGCAAGGCUUCUUCCUCGCCAACUAUGCAGGCGCUGCCGACUUCCCUCAAGGAGGCCAAUUCGAAUGGAUUCCCCAGCUGCUGUCACGGCCGAAUAUCGAGGGUACGCUUCGUGAGAGCUUCCGCGCCCUAAGUCUAGCAAUCUUCGCCAAUGCAGCGAAGUCUCCUGCCGUCAUGCGAAAAGCGCGUGUCGCAUACGGUUCUGCAUUGGAGGAAACAAACAGAGCGCUCAUGUCGCACGAAGCCGCGGUCAAAGAUAGCACUUUGGUUUCGGUCAUCCUACUUGGCAUGUACGAGGGCACGGUAUACACAGAUAAGAGUUCCAUCGAUAGGUGGUCAAAGCACGUCAGCGGUGCUUACACCCUCUUCAUGUUACGCGGCAAGUCGCAAUUCGAGACAGAACUCGGACGGCGAAUAUUCCAGCAGUCAUACGGCGUCGCUCUAUUCUUCACGCUUGAACUAGGGACGGGUAUUCCAAGUUAG